AUGGAUCUGACCAACAGCUCCUUGCGUCACCCCUCCCUUCUCCACGGGGACUUCAGCCUGCUCAGCGACUUCACGGAUGAUAAUGAGACGAACUCCACGGUGGGAGAUGGAAGCCUGCUGGGCUGCGUCCAGAUCCGCGUCCCCCAGGAACUGUUCCUGGCGCUGGGACUGAUCAGCCUGGUGGAAAACAUCCUGGUGAUCCUGGCCAUCAUCAAGAACCGCAACCUGCACUCGCCCAUGUACUACUUCAUCUGCUGCCUGGCGGUCUCCGACAUGCUGGUCAGCGUCAGUAACGUGAUAGAGACCAUCUUCAUGCUCCUCACGGACCACGGCCUCCUGAACGUGCACCCCGACAUGCUGCGCCACCUGGACAACGUCAUCGAUGUGAUGACCUGCAGCUCCGUGGUGUCAUCCCUCUCCUUCCUGUGCACCAUCGCGGCGGACCGCUACGUCACCAUCUUUUACGCGCUGCGGUACCACAGCAUCAUGACCACGCAGCGCGCCGUGGCCAUCAUCGCGGUGGUGUGGCUGACCAGCAUCACCUCCAGCAUCCUCUUCAUCGUCUAUCACACCUACAACGCCGUCAUCUUGUGCAUGGUCACCUUCUUCUGCGCCACGCUGGUGUUCAACGCCGUGCUCUACCUGCACAUGUUCCUGCUGGCGCACGUGCACUCCCGGCGCAUCACCGCCUUCCACAAAGGCAGGCGCCACUCUACAAGCAUGAAGGGAGCCAUCACCCUCACAAUCCUGCUCGGGGUCUUCGUGGUAUGUUGGGGCCCCUUCUUCCUCCACCUCAUCCUCAUCCUCGCCUGCCCCAACAGUCCCUACUGCAACUGCUUCUUUCGAAGUUUUAACCUUUUUCUCGUCCUCGUCAUCUGCAACUCGCUCAUCGACCCGCUCAUUUACGCGUACCGGAGCCAGGAGCUGCGCAAAACCCUGAAGGAGCUGCUGCUGUGCUCCUGGUACUUCAGCGCGUGA